UGGGGGUGGCAGGGCUAGAAACCGCAGCUGAGACAGCAAUCACCGCUCCUGCUGUCAACCCGGGUGUAGUGCAUCACCCUGAGCCCACCCACCGAGGGUGCCUUCCUCCGCUUCUUAGGGCUUCGGGAGCCCUUAGGGACGAAGCGGCAGGGGCGCCUCUCUUCAGAGAGGAGGCGACCUCGUAGCCCCGGAUGCGGCCAGAGGGCGCGGGAAUGGAGCUCGGCGGCUGCGAGGAGCGCCUGCCGGAGGAGAGCAGGAGGGAGCACUGGCAAUUGCUGGGUAAUUUGAAGACUACUGUGGAGGGUUUGGUGUCAGCCAACAGUCCCAACGUCUGGUCCAAGUAUGGUGGCCUGGAACGGCUUUGCAGGGACAUGCAAAGCAUCCUCUAUCAUGGGCUCAUCCAUGACCAGCAGGUUUGUUGCCGCCAGACUGAUUACUGGCAGUUUGUGAAGGACAUCCGCUGGCUCAGUCCCCACUCAGCCCUUCAUGUGGAGAAGUUCAUCAGCCUGCAUGAGAACGGCGAGAGCGGUGCGGAUGGUGAGAGCGGGGACAGUGACAGCGGGCGCGCCGUGGCUGAGCUGUGGCUGCAGCACAGUUUGCAGCGGCACUGUCUCUCUGCCCAGCUCCGGCCUUUGCUGGGGGACAGGCAGUACAUCAGAAAAUUCUACACUGACACUGCUUUCCUGCUAAGCAAUGCCCACGUCACGGCCAUGCUCCAAUGCCUGGAAGCCGUGGAACAGAACAACCCCCGCCUCCUGGCUCAGCUUGAUGCAUCUAUGUUUGCCCGGAAGCAUGAGAGCCCGCUGCUGGUAACCAAGAGCCAGAGCCUGACAGCUCUGCCUGGAUCCACGUGCACGACUUCAACCAGCUACGCUCAGCAUCCCUACUUUGGGUCCUUCUCUAGCCUCCACCAGUCCGCACCCAACCACAGCUCAGAAAGAAGAUCCACUUCCUUUUCACUCUCUGGCCCUCCCCGGAAACCUCAAGAAAGCAAAGAGCAUGUCUCACCAGCGCAGGAUCAGACCUUCCAAGCCCCCCUGCUUGCAGUCUCCUCAUUAGCUGGGGAUCCCCCCUCAACCCCAAAUGAGAUGAGCUCUAGCACUCUGACCAGCCCCCUAGAAGCAUCCCAGGUCAGCAGCCAGAAUGAUUCUCCAAGCGAUGCCAGCGAGGGGCCUGAGUACUUGGCCAUUGGCAACCUGGAUCCCCGAGGCCGGACUGCCAGCUGUCAGAGUCACAGCAGCAAUGCUGAGAGCAGCAGCUCCAACUUGUUCUCCUCCAGCAGCUCGCAGAAGCCGGACUCUGCUGCCUCUUCCCUAGGCGAGCAGGAGGGAGGUGGGCAGAGCCAGCUGUCCAGCGUCCUUCGCAGGUCCAGCUUCUCCGAGGGGCAGACACUCACUGCCACCAGCGGAACAAAGAAGAGCCACACUCGCUCCCAUUCGGACACCAACAUUGCCUCCAGAGGAGCCCCAGGAGGCCCCAGGAAUAUCACCAUUAUAGUUGAAGAUCCCAUUGCAGAAUCCUGCAAUGAUAAGUCGAAGUUGAGAGGCCCCUUGCCCUACUCUGGCCCAAGCAGUGAAGUCAGCACACCCAGCUCUCUGUACAUGGAGUAUGAGGGUGGUCAGUACCUGUGCUCUGGGGAGGGCAUGUUCCGAAGACCAUCAGAAGGACAGUCCCUCAUCAGCUAUCUGUCUGAGCAAGACUUUGGAAGCUGUGCAGACCUGGAAAAGGAGAAUGCGCACUUCAGCAUCUCAGAGUCCUUGAUUGCCGCCAUUGAGCUCAUGAAGUGUAACAUGAUGAGCCAGUGCCUAGAAGAGGAGGAGGAAGAGGAGGAGGACAGUGACAGAGAGAUCCAGGAACUGAAGCAGAAGAUCCGCCUUAGGCGCCAGCAGAUCCGCACCAAAAACCUGCUCCCCAUGUACCAGGAGACUGAGCAUGGAACAGGCUUUCGGGUCAUUUCUAGCAGCUCCCAGUUUAGUUCACGUGAUUCAACGCAGUUCUCUGACUCUGGCUCUGCGGACGAGGUUGAUGAAUUUGAAAUCCAAGAUGGUAGCGAAGGAUCUAACCUGACUCACAUGUCAAAGAACGGACUCUCAGUGUCAAUGGCCUCGAUGUUUUCAGAUGCUGACAUCAGAAGGAGCACAGCCUCAAACAGCAAAUCCUUCACUUCUUCUCAAUCCUUCUCUCACUGCUUUCUUCACUCCACGUCUGCGGAGGCAGUGGCCAUGGGACUCUUGAAGCAGUUCGAAGGCAUGCAGCUCCCAGCUGCCUCAGAGCUGGAAUGGCUAGUUCCAGAGCACGAUGCCCCUCAGAAGCUCCUGCCCAUCCCUGACUCACUGCCCAUCUCACCAGAUGACGGGCAGCAUGCUGACAUCUACAAGCUGCGGAUUCGUGUUCGUGGCAACUUGGAGUGGGCCCCACCCCGGCCUCAGAUCAUUUUUAAUGUUCAUCCAGCCCCGACGAGGAAGAUCGCGGUGGCCAAGCAGAAUUACCGCUGCGCAGGGUGUGGCAUUCGGACCGACCCUGAUUAUAUCAAGCGGCUGCGGUACUGUGAGUACUUGGGCAAGUACUUCUGUCAGUGCUGCCAUGAAAAUGCCCAGAUGGUCAUCCCCAGCCGGGUUCUGCGCAAGUGGGACUUCAGCAAGUACUAUGUCAGCAACUUCUCCAAGGACCUUCUCAUUAAGAUCUGGAACGAUCCUCUUUUCAAUGUGCAGGACAUCAACAGUGCCCUCUAUAGGAAGGUCAAGCUGCUCAAUCAAGUCCGGCUGCUGCGGAUUCAGCUGUAUCAUAUGAAGAACAUGUUCAAGACAUGCCGACUGGCCAAAGAGCUUCUGGAUUCCUUUGACACAGUUCCAGGCCACCUGACCGAGGAUCUUCACCUGUACUCACUGAAUGACUUGACUGCAACCAGGAAGGGGGAACUGGGGCCCCGGCUUGCUGAGCUCGCCAAGGCAGGGGCUGCCCACGUAGAGCGAUGCAUGCUCUGCCAAGCCAAGGGCUUCAUCUGUGAGUUCUGUCAGAAUGAGGAUGACAUCAUCUUUCCUUUUGAGCUCCAUAAGUGCCGGACCUGUGAAGAGUGUAAAGCAUGUUACCAUAAAGCUUGUUUCAAGUCUGGAAGCUGUCCCCGGUGUGAGCGGCUGCAGGCCCGGCGGGAACUGCUGGCCAAACAGAGCCUGGAGUCUUACAUGUCAGACUACGAGGAGGAACCCACGGAAGCCUUGGCCCUAGAGGCCACCGUCCUGGAGGCCACCUGAAGAAGGCGCAUUAAACCCUCUUUCCAGGGGCCAGGGUCACAUGUUAUGCAGAACUGAGCCACCCUUUCAAGGACUUUCCCGACUUGGGUUUUUUUUUUCCUUUAAUUCUUAUCAUUAUCAUUAUUUUUUUUUAAUGACUUGUCUAACGUCCAUGUAAGUCAACCUUUGUUAGGUUGGUGGGGUCCAAUCUGUUGUGAUAAUUUGUAGGUACCGGGUAUUUCCAUCAGAACUGACACGAGUCCUUAUGUGAAGCUUCUAGUGCCUCUGUCAGGAAUGGACGGUGAGACCUGAUUCUUCUGACAUCCGUGGCCUUCUCUACUUGGACCAGAUCUGGUUUCAGCUGCAUUUCAAGUAUCAUUUCUGGUUUUAUUUUGUUUUAGUUCUGGAGCUUCUAAGUCAGGCCUUUUGCAACCAACUGACUUCUCCUUUGCUGCUGAAAUAGGAGGAUGGAGUUUUCUCUCUCUGUCCUGGAAUGGAGUCAGACUGGGCCCUGAGGAGAAGCUGCAGAGAAUGGGACUGCAUCAUGGGCAUCCUGUCCAACUUAUGUAGGUCUUUGUGAGGCCGUGAAAAUAGCAUUCUUACCUGGAAUCCUCAAUGACCCUGAGGCCACCUUGACCUCCUUGUUUGAGAUCGUCUAGGCAUCGAAGAUGUCACAGACUGACUUUCUUUACCCUGGUGGGGUUGAAGCAAAGAAGCAGAACUGUUACUUAAGCCAGGCCCCUUCAUGACCUUCCACCAGGCAGAAGCGAGGCUGCAGCUCUGUUGCUUCAAGAGCAUUUAUUCAGUCAGAGGAGCUGUUGGCCUCCUCUUACGUGAUAAGGUCUCUUUUAGUCAACCUAGCUCUGGUGCAGAUAUGAUCUUUCAAGCUCAGGCAAGUCCCCGAUGCCAUCCUAAGCUGCAAACAGAAACUCCAUCCACUGUCUUAUUUGUGGGUCUCUUGCCACUGUGUUCUCUGUUAGACGGUCAUUUUGGUUCUGAGUGAAGGUAUGGCCCCACUCUAUUCUCAUCCCCUUCCUGCAUCAGAGCUGGGACCCUCCUUGGUGGCUGAACUCUUGCCUUAGUUUCUUUUGUUAAAAUCAAGGUGGGGGCAGGGAGAUUUCUGCCAUUAGUGGGGUGAGAAAACUUGGCCAUUUGUGGGUGUGAGUGUGAAUGUUCCUAUUAUGCACUGAAUUCUGUAGUCUGGUGAUAUCCAUAUGUUCACUCAUUCUUUUCAUAUUACUAAUUUUAACAAAUCUUUAACAUACCUUUUCUUAAAAUGUGCAUUUUGAUGGGACCAUGAAUAUGUUUGUGGUGUUCUUUACGUUGUUGCCGUAGCCCCGACCCCCACCUAGAAUGCCGGUCAGGGCUGCUGUUCUGAGGGCUGGUAGCUCUGUGAACAAGAGCCCACAGCACUUUUUCCCUGGGCCUGACUUCUUGUAUACCUGUCUUUCCAUAAUUGGCUGCUGAUAGAAAAAACUUGGUUUGGAUGCUGCCCCAAGAAGCUGAAUAGAAAGCAGCACACAGUCGGCGGAAGCUGAUGAGUGACUGAGCUGGAGACAGCCGGGAGUCUCACAGGAAGUGGAAGGGGCUGUAGGGUAAUGACCAGAGCUGAGGCUUCACCUGGGCCAGAGAUAGCAGGGAAUAAGUGACCCAUGGCAUUGGUCUCUCUUCCUCAGACUUAGGAUCAGGCCAGAAGACCCUGAGGCUCUUCUCCCUUCAAGUCAUAGAGGAGGCUCUGAGGCCAAGUCCUGUAGCCCAGCCCGGUUUUGAGGGGCUAACUAGGAGCUCCGUUGCCUUUCAAAGAGCUUUGGGAAUGGCCUCAUACUACUCAAGUCUUACUAAGGGUUAGGCCUCAGAUUCAAACUCAGGGGUUUGUUAAAGAAAAAAGCUGAGCUCUGUGUCCAGUUUUGGUAUACAUUACACAUCUAGCUCCUUAGUCUUAAGUCACUACACUGGAGGAGAGAGGCACUGUCAUUAUUGUCCCGCCUGUUUUGUAUUAGCAGAGGACCAAAGGAUGGAAAACCUGACAGUUUCCAAAGUUGAGCUCAACGAUCUUACAGGCUCCUGGUUUUUCACUUAUUUUUCUCCACCUUCCCCAUUCCAUCUUCUUAGAUUGCAUAGCUGUUUUAGGGACCCUGACACUCUGCUGUCAUUACUAUCCAAAUACCCAUUUAUUUAUUUAUUUGAGAGGAAAGAGAGAGAAGAGUGAGUAUGGGAUGUUUUGAAAGCACUUUGCAACUUACAGCAGUAUCUAAAAACCCCCAGCUGUUGUGGGGGAAAGUUUGAAUGCACUGAAGAGCAUUCCUUCUAAAUGAAAUGGGAGGGAAGAAGUUCUUUUUUAUAAAUAAAGGGAAAAAAGUUACAAGUUGGCUUACAAGGUAGAGACAAGGUUCAAGACAUAGCAGAAGAGUGGAAGGCAGGUAUUUUCCACUUUAAUGAGGCUGUUAUUGACUUUCUCUGCCAAGGCUUUAGAGCUUCAGUUAAUUAACAUAAAAGGAGCAAGAGUCUAAAUAGAGAUGUUCUGUUCAUGUACAACUCGUGUUCUGAACUGAAUUUCUACUCGCUGUAAUUCAUACACAGCCUAACAGUCUGUUGUCAUCUUCAAUAAACUAAGGAAAUGAAA